AUGGAUGGUCUGAGAAGCCGCAAGCUUCACUUCAUCUUGAUCCCUAUGAUAGCCCAAGGGCACAUAAUCCCCAUGGUGGACACGGCUCGUUCACUUGCGGAACGAGGUGCCCGUGUCAGCCUCGUCACCACCCCAGUGAACGCUGCACGACUCAAGGCCGUCAUCGACCGAAUGAAGGAAUCCGGGCUUCCGAUCCACUUUGUCGAGCUCCAAUUUCCCUGUGCCGAAGCUGGUCUUCCGGAGGGUUGCGAGAAUAUCGAUCUCCUUCCUUCAAAAGAGUAUGCCAGGACCUUGUUCGAAGCCACACGCCUGCUCCGAGAACCCUUGACCCAGUACCUGCAAGCACAGCGGCCCCGCCCAACAUGCAUGAUCGCCGACUUGUGCUGCCCAUGGACGGCGGAUGUCGCUCGCGAGCUUCAGAUGCCACGGCUCAUCUUUCACGGGCCCUCUUGCUUCUACAUUCUAUGUACCCAUCUCAUGGAGCAACACGGGAUCUACGACCGCAUAACCGAUGAUUUCGAGCCCAUCCUCGUACCUGAGCUGCCACAACCAUUCGAGUUCACGAAAGCCCAGUUACCAGGCUGCUUCCUUGCACCAGGGUGGGAAAAGCUUCGAUCGGAGGUUUUAGAAGCGGAGUCGACGGCGGAAGGGGUGGUGAUGAACACUUUUGAUGAUCUGGAGCCUUCAUAUAUCGAGCUUUACAGGAAGCUGACUGGAAAGAAGAUCUGGGCUGUCGGGCCAUUGUGUCUGUACGACAAGGAUCUUGACAGCAAGGCUGCCAGAGGCAACAAGUCUGCUAUUGACUACCACCGAGUUCUGGGAUGGCUCGAGUCGAGGAAGCCCAAGUCCGUGCUCUACGCUAGCUUCGGUAGCCUUGUGCGGACGCACCCUCGGCAACUUAUUGAAAUAGGGUGCGGUUUGGAGGCAUCCAACCAGCCCUUCAUCUGGGUGAUCAAGGAUGCGGAGAGGACGCCGGAGGUGGACAGAUGGUUGUCGGAGGGAUUCGAGGAGAGGGUAAGCGCCAGGGGUCUUGUAAUUAAGGGGUGGGCGCCGCAGGUGGUCAUCCUGUCUCACCCUGCCAUCGGAGGAUUUAUGACACACUGCGGAUGGAACUCGCUGAUGGAGGCCGUGUCCGCGGGCGUGCCAAUGAUAACAUGGCCUUAUUUUGGGGACCAAUUCGUCAACGAGAAGCUGGUUGUGGAUGUGUUGGGCAUUGGCGUGGCAAUUGGGGUUAAAGUGCCCUUCCCCUAUCUCAAGGAAGAUAGUCCACCGGCAGCGAACAGGGAUGACAUAGAGAAGGCAGUCUCUAGGUUGAUGGACGAAGGGGAGGAAGGGGACGAGAGAAGAAAGAGGGCCAAGGAGCUGGCUGGAAAGGCUGUGAGGGCAAUGGAAGGAGGAGGGUCAUCCACGGAGAACAUAGCACGCUUGAUACAGUACACCUUGGAGCAUGGAAACAGCGAUACUCAAGAAAAGGAACCUUAA